UCUGCCUCACUCAGCAGUCAGUCCGCCGCUUUCUGGAGAUCUUUUCUUCUUCUUUUUCUCUCCACGGCAGGAGAGCACACAAGGAUCAUCCCUCCUCAUCUAGUCUAUCUUGUCACCACCGGUAGACAAUGUGGACCUGCAGGGACUUCUUUUUAGGAUGCUGGACUUGAGCCUCUGCUGCUGUUACAGCUGCUUUUCGACUUAGACGUGUCUUUUUUUUGUUGCUUUUUUUUUGUAAAGAAAUGAUGUAAGGACCGUGUAAGCUGCACGCUAAAGUCUCCUCACCCCCCCAAAAUGCAGAAGGGAAUACGGCUAAAUGAUGGCCAUGUCACCUACCUGGGGCUUUUGGCAAAGAAGGACGGCACAAGGAGGGGGUGCUUGAGCAAGAAGAGCUCAGACAACACGAAAUGGCACACAAAGUGGUUUGCACUCUUGCAAAACAUGCUCUUUUAUUUCGAGAACGAGUCCAGCUCUCGGCCCUCUGGAUUGUACCUGUUGGAAGGAUGCAUAUGCGACAGAGCACCUUCGCCCAAACCUUCGCUCUCGGCCAAGGAGUGUUUGGAAAAGCAGUAUUAUUUCACUAUCAGCUUCACCCACGAAAACCAAAAGGCGCUCGAAUUACGCACAGAAGACGUGAAGGACUGCGAUGAAUGGGUGGCCGCCAUAUCACACGCCAGUUACAGAAACUUGGCCACCGAGCACGAGACUCUCAUGCAGAAGUAUCUUCAUCUGCUUCAAAUUGUGGAGACGGAGAAAAUGGUUGCUAAGCAACUUCGACAACAGAUAGAGGACGGGGAAAUCGAGAUUGAGAGGCUGAAAUCUGAGAUCGCUGGGCUGCUCAAAGAUAACGAGAAGAUCCAUGCCAGUCCUGCGGCGGCCCCGACUGAGGAUGACUCUGAAAUCAAGAAGAUCAAAAAGGUCCAGAGUUUCCUGCGAGGCUGGAUCUGCAGAAGAAAGUGGAAGACCAUCAUCCAGGAUUACAUCCGCUCACCACACGCAGAGAGCAUGAGGAAGAGGAACCAGGUGGUGUUCAGCAUGUUGGACUCCGAGGCCGAGUACGUGCAGCAGCUGCACAUCCUGGUCAACAACUUUUUGAGGCCGCUCCGCAUGGCCGCCAGCUCUAAGAAACCGCCCAUUACCCAUGACGACGUCAGCAGUAUAUUCCUCAACAGUGAAACUAUCAUGUUUCUGCAUCAGAUCUUCUACCAGGGUCUAAAAGCCAGAAUAGCCAGUUGGCCAACAUUGGUGCUGGCCGACCUGUUCGACAUCCUGCUGCCCAUGUUGAACAUCUACCAGGAGUUUGUGAGGAACCAUCAAUACAGCCUGCAGAUCCUGGCCCACUGUAAACAGAACCGAGACUUCGAUAAGCUGCUGAAGCAGUACGAGGCCAAGCCAGACUGUGAGGAGAGAACCCUGGAGACCUUUCUCACCUACCCUAUGUUCCAGAUACCCCGCUACAUUCUUACGCUUCAUGAACUUCUGGCGCACACGCCCCAUGAGCACAUAGAGCGCAACAGCCUGGACUACGCCAAAUCGAAGCUGGAGGAGCUGUCAAGAAUCAUGCAUGACGAGGUGAGCGAAACGGAGAACAUCAGGAAGAACCUGGCCAUUGAGCGUAUGAUUGUGGAGGGUUGUGAGAUCCUCCUUGACACCAGCCAGACCUUUGUGAGACAAGGCUCUCUCAUCCAGGUACCGAUGAGCGAGAAGGGCAAGAUCACCCGUGGGCGACUAGGCUCUCUGUCUUUGAAGAAGGAGGGGGAGAGACAGUGCUUUCUCUUCUCCAAGCAUUUAAUCAUCUGCACCAGAGGUUCUGGGGGAAAGCUUCAUCUCACCAAGAAUGGAGUGGUCUCCCUUAUAGACUGCACUCUUAUGGAGGACCCUGAGGGCACUGAUGAUGAGUCCAAAUCUGACAAAGGCGGCCAGGACAUGGAGCAUUUGGACUUCAAGAUUGUGGUGGAGCCCAAAGACAGUCAGUCAUUUACCGUCAUCCUGGUGGCUUCGUCCAGGCAGGAGAAGUCUGCAUGGACCAGCGACAUCAGCCAGUGCAUUGACAACAUCCGCUGCAAUGGCCUCAUGAUGAAUGCCUUUGAGGACAACUCCAAAGUCACCGUUCCGCAAAUGAUCAAAUCCGACUCCAGUCUGUACUGUGACGACGUGGACAUCCGCUUCAGUAAGAUGAUGAAUUCCUGCAAGGUGCUGCAGAUCCGCUAUGCCAGUGUGGAACGUCUACUGGAGAGGCUGACUGACCUGCGCUUCCUCUCCAUUGACUUCCUGAACACUUUCCUCCACUCUUACCGCGUGUUCACUACAGCUGAUGUGGUUCUGGACAAGCUCAUCACUAUUUACAAGAAGCCGAUCAGCGCAAUCCCUGCUCGGUCCCUGGAGUUGUUCUUCGCAAGCAGCCAGAAUAACAAACUCCUGUACGGAGAGCCACCCAGCUCCCCAAGGGCCAGCCGAAAGUUCUCCUCCCCUCCACCGCUGGCCAUUGCCAAGAACUCAUCCCCAAACCGACGACGCAAGCUGUCCCUCAACAUCCCCAUCAUCACCGGGGGCAAAGCUCUCGACCUGGCUGCCCUGAGUUGCUCCUCUAAUGGCUAUGCAAGCAUGUACUCGUCCAUGUCCCCCUUCAGUAAGACCACCUUGGACAUCAACAAACUCUACGUGUCCAGCCCCAUUACCAGCAAAAUACCAGACGAGGGCGAGGACAAGAAAGACAAAAUAGAGGACACCUCCGUGUGUAAACAAGAUCUCUCCGUGCGAGAAGAAAGUGACAAUGAUCAAAACCAAAGUGAUGAUGCCGACCCAGAAGCCUCGCCUACAAAGUCACCAACCACCCCGAAAAACGUCAAAUGCAAAAACUCCUCAGAGUUCUCUCUCUUCUCCUAUAACAACGGCAUGGUGAUGUCCUCAUGUCGAGAGCUGGACAACAACCGCAGUGCGCUGUCCGCUGCGUCUGCCUUUGCCAUUGCUACAGCUGGAGCCAAUGAGGGCACUCCCACCAAGGAAAAGUAUAGAAGGAUGUCCCUUGCCAGCACAGGCUUCCCAACAGAUCAGAGAAAUGGAGACAAAGAGUUUGUGAUCAGACGAGCGGCCACCAACAGAGUCCUGAAUGUUCUCAGACACUGGGUGUCCAAACACUCUCGGGACUUUGAGAGCAAUAAUGAGUUAAAAACAAAGGUCAUCGCCUUCUUGGAGGAAGUGAUGCACGACCCUGAGCUGCUAACACAAGAGAGGAAAGCAGCUGCCAAUAUCAUCAGAACUCUAACUCAGGAUGAUCAUGGUGACAAUCAGAUCGGCUUCGAGGAGGUGACACAACUGGUGGGUGCGGGCAAGGCCGAGCCCUUUGAGAACCAUUCGGCCUUGGAGGUUGCAGAGCAGCUCACCCUGCUGGACCAUCUGGUGUUUAAGGUCAUCCCAUACGAGGAAUUCUUUGGCCAAGGUUGGAUGAAGAAUGACAAAAACGAGAAGACGCCCUACAUCAUGAGAACAACAAAGCACUUCAACGAUAUAAGCAACCUCAUCGCCACUGAAAUCUUGCGCUCGGACGACGUGGUCACCCGGGUGGCAGUCAUCGAGAAAUGGGUGGCGGUGGCGGAUAUCUGUCGCUGUCUCCACAACUACAAUGCAGUGCUUGAAAUUACCUCCUCCCUCAACAGAAGUUCUGUUUUCCGCCUCAAAAAGACCUGGCUCAAGGUGUCCAAGCAGACAAAGGCGUUGAUUGACAAGCUGCAGAAGCUGGUUUCUUCAGAGGGGAGGUUCAAAAACCUGAGAGAGGCUCUGAAGAAUUGCGAUCCCCCAUGUGUACCCUAUCUGGGCAUGUACCUCACAGAUUUGGCUUUCAUUGAGGAAGGAACACCAAACUACACCGAAGACAAUUUGGUCAAUUUUUCAAAGAUGAGGAUGAUUUCUCACAUCAUCAGAGAAAUACGUCAGUUUCAGCAGACAUCAUACAAGCUUGACCUUCAACUAAAGGUAGCCCAGUACCUACUGGAUAGGAGCUGUGUCCUGGACGAAGAGAGCAUGUAUGAAGCCUCACUCAGAAUUGAGCCCAAAGUGCCCAACUGAUGGGGUUCACUCGCUCCAUGUUAUCUUCUCUGUUAAUAUUACAUAUUAUAUCAGUUCACAUGCACACAUCCACUUUUGCAUACCUGUACAUGCUUAUGGUAUUUGCUCUUCUGUACAGUAGAUGUUUAAAAGGUUGUUUGAUGACACAGAACCUUCUCUUUUGUUGUAUAGUUUGACUCUUAAGCAUAAUAACAGAGGUCACCUUGGUUCAUCACGUUCAUAUCCUUUGUGACCAAUGACAUUAUUUUGCUUUGUGCUUCAUCCACAAUUGUCUGCAACUAAUGUAGCAUUGUAAAAACUGCAUCAAAUCAGGUAUAAAAAAAAAGAAAAAGAGCACAGUGAACACAGAGAUUAUGUGCAAAGAAAGACGAGGGAACAAUGGUGUGGUAACCGUCUCUAUGCUUCCUAAACCAAAACAAAAAGGGGUUCGUCUCUUCAUAUCUGUUCUACAACAGAUGUUCCCAAAUUUUUUGCACCAUAGACUAUUUUUAUACUGACAACAUCCAGGACAAAAACUCAUAACAUAUAAAGAAACACAAGCUAUUGUGCCUCAUUUGGUCACAUCAACUAAAAUUGUAAUUUUGAUUCAUGGUGAAAGGUGGUGAUGACAGACUGUUACCUUAGCUGACUAAUAAUAAGGUUGAGUUGAUGAUUUAUAAUACUAUAUUUGAUUAUACAUCACAGUUGGGUCUGUGGCAGGAACUGAAGAUCAAUAGCAAAUUGUUGGAAAACAAUGCUCAUCAAUAUGAAUUUUGUGCAUUUUUGUUUGUCAAGUUGUUUCUUGGUCUCCUGUCUGACUGUAGAAAAUGUCCUAUUUAUUGCUCCUCAAGAUGGGUUUGAGUUAUGUUCUUUAUUAUAAAGAUCUUCUGAAGUACAAGUUCGUCUAAAUAAAAUAUUAUCUAUUUAUUUACUUAUUUAUUUCCAAAACAUGGUCAGUGUUGUACAUUCAGGACGGCCGAUACUUGCAUAGAGUCAAAAAGGUAGUUGGUCCUCUGUAAUUAAAAGACAAUCUGUCCAUUUUGCUGUUCCAGUGAUUGUGGAACGUGACAGUAUAUCACUCUGUUAUAUGCAUUGCUGUUUAUUAAUGAUAUGAUAAAGAAAACAUAAGUGAAUGACCUCUGCCUGCAGCAUACAAACACUAUUUUUGUAAUAGUAUACAAGAGUGACCUUGUCUUUAUAUAAACAUGAGACAGUAUUUUGUA